AUGACUUGUGUUUUGACCAGAAAUAAAUUAAAAUGUUUAAUUUUUGGAGAUGCUAAAGAACUUGGUAACAAUGUACUUCCAACUUUUGAAGAUGUAUGCAAUAUUAUCUUAUAUGGUCCCAUGACCCAUGUGGUUCUAUAUAAAAAUGAAUCCUUCUUGUACAUCUGGAUCAAAACACCUUUGGAAAACCAUACAAUUGACCCUGUAGUUAAACGAAAUGCAUAUUUUGGUUCAAUCGAAAAUAUACUUAUAUGUAUGUUAUUUGAUGAUCGCGAAGACAUUAGAAAAAUAGCUGUAACAAAAAUUAUAGAAGCGCGAAAAAAUAAUGAGGMAGGCAAGAUUCGUUGUUUUCAAAUUCCWCCAUUGAAUUUUAAUGCUAAUGAUUACUUCGAACUAAUUAAUUGGGAAAACAAUCAAGUUACUGAGCCUCCAAUUACAUCGAAAAUUGAUCAAGAAAUAUUGAAACAGAUUAUUGGAGGUCAAAAUAAGAAGAAAUAUUUUGAUCUUUUUAAUUUUCCUUGUYAUACUCAAGCUGUCGAAAGAAGUGUGAAACUUGUGACAGAAGCAUCUGMAGCCGUUUGUGGACAAACUAGAAGGGACGGAUUUAUCAGAUCGAGGAUUGAAUCUCGUAGAAUUAUGCCUCAGUUUCAUUCAAAAAAAGAUUUUCGAUUACAUUAA